AAGGGCUUUUGAUACAAUUACUACCACUAUACUCUCCCGACUACCUCCCUACCUUUCUCUACAUAUCAAAGACGAUAAAACAACAUAAAGUUGUUCGAAAGCGUAUACACGCAUAUAUCUACUACAAUACAAGCCUUGCAUCGCAUAGUUGAAGAAACAGUUGAUCUGAGCUUGCUCAUCUACCACCACUUCGAAGACAACUCGAACGAUCAUUACAACUAGAAUACUAAACGUCUUGAAGCAUUUCCAAAAUGUCUCGCAAUCUCAAGCAAAAGUUUACAACCCCGGUCAAAAAGACCAAGACCGCCCAACGUCGCCGCCGGGUCUCCGACACUCCUUCUGCUUCUUCUCUAGACCUCUCCGACGAUGGCGGCUACUCUGCCGUUGAAGAUAUUAGCGACUCUUCAGACGACGAUGAGGAUGAUGUUGCCGCGGCCGAGGAGGAGAACAUCCUUGAGGAAACUCAUGUUCCCCCCACUCCACCACAAGCUCCUCGGCCGCAACCGACUAUUGAGGAGGAUGACGAAGAGGAGGAAGAGGAACAGGACGACGAUGGUGAACAAGAGGGCCUGGAUAUUGAGGACGAUGACGCCGCUAGCUGGGGAGGCAUCGUUUCGGAUAUUGAGGACCAGCCUGACAUCUACCAAGACGCCAAUAUUUUUGGCGAAGAGCCCGUAGAGCGCCACGUUCACUUCGACGUGCCCUCCAGCGACUCUGACUCGACCGACACUGAGGAUGAGAUUCAGGGUUUCUUCCCUGAUAUCUUUGUUUCUCAAAACAACCUGGAUCCCGCUUUCCGCCGUGAGAUUGAGAACGAUCCCGAUGAGUCUUCUGGCUCAGGAUCUUUCUGGGACUUCAACAACCAGUACGGCGAGCAAGAUGAUGACUCGGAUGCCGAGGAAAUCUUCCGCCAAAUUGACGAUGACACCCCUAUUGCCACUCCAAUGGCCUCCCAGCCAGCCACUGCUGCCUCUACCCCUCAACCCAUUCCAUUUGGCUUUGAGGAACCAACAGAGCUGGAUGGCUACGAGAAAGAUGAACCCGAACCCAUUGUCCGAAGGAAGACUCGACGCCCUUCAAAGCCUAUGAGCGACAUUUCCGACUCUGACGCCGACAGCCCGGUCAAGGCCGAGCGUGGCCAGCCCCGUCUGGGACGUUACAACCUUGACCGUUCCGACAAGAAGCCAAUUGCUGUCCUCAACCCCGUGACCGGAAAGAUGAUGAUCUUUACACCUCAUCGCCGCCACCAACUCGACCUCUCCCCUGAACAAUUUAACUUUCCCUGGGGUACUGAGGGGCCUGAGUCACCUAUCAUGAGCAACUCUGCAAACCUAAUGCUCAGCGCUAUGUUCUCUUCCAACACUUUCGGUGACUUCUUCAACACGGCUCAGGUUAUGGGACCCGCUGAGGCUUUCUUCCCCUUCCCCUCUGAACCCAAUACCGCCGACGAGAGCUCAACCGCGCCUAGCUUGCAGGAUGAGGAGGAAGACGCUGAACUCAAUCUGGACCUCAACGACUUUAUCGCCUGGGAGGAACAUGACUCUUCUGGCGAUGAAGAGGGCGACAACUGGGAUCCCGCAUCAACACCUGCGCGACCCAGCACAGCUACCAGCGAGAAGCAGGCUCAUGGCCACAUCAAUUCCGAGACUGUCGGAGCUUUCCGCCGCAACCAAAUUAACCAGCAGCUCAUCCUCAGCAACCAGGCUACCCAGGACUCGCUCGCAUUCAGUGGUCCUUAUAACUACACCGCACUCAAGGGUCUCAAAUCAGACCGCUUCGACACAGCUGCUAUCCCCCUAACGCCCGCUCGUCGCCACAAGAGGCAGAUGAGCGACGCCACACGCAGCCCCCUCGAAUCAAUGUCUCAAAAACGCAAGGCAACCACCGAAGCUGGCAACGGCCACAAGAGGCACAGAAGCAUCUCGGAUGUGAACUAUCUCCACAUCUAGUGCAAUGCACACCCCACAAAAACGUACGAGGACGGCAUAGACUGUUGCCGCUAUCCCUGGCCUCGACACUACUCUCUUUUUACAACUCUUUUCCUUGCUUGUUUUCUUUUGGGUUGAAUGAAACCCUUGUCUACAGCGUGCUCGGAGCGCCCUCUCCCCCAAGGGACAGGGACGA